UGCGGGCUUGCUUCACUGUCCGGGAUUCCAGGGACCUGGUGGAUUGUCAGGAGUACCCAGUCGUGUACUGUGCAGUGCGCAAGUUCCGAGACAUAUGUAAUUAGAGCUUGGGAUGCUUCUGUCUCUGUGCACAGUACAUCAAGUGUGCUGUCGACUGACGCUGGCAUGACUGCAGACUCGGAGAGAUACUGACGCCAAGGCCAGACGAGGCGCGCUGAGACUCACGAUAGGUCGUUCCGCUCAUUCGAUCCAGAUCUCAUCUCCCUUCCUUGUCGUUAAUACACGCACCGGAGGUCACGCGUUGCGAAGCGACCCCAAAAUGUCCCCUUGCCGAUAUCGUCGGUUGGUUGGUGAACCCAGCCGCCAGGAGGCGAAUGCGCUGGCCGGCCUUCGCAGGGAUCAAAUGCUCACGCGGCAAGCAACGUCACCCGAUGGGUUCCUCUGGAGUUUUGAGAGACGGGAUCAAUGCCCAUCGCUUUGGCUACCAGGUGAAUAUCAAAUGACUGCAGUCAAGUGCCAUUGGAGCGGUCCACCGCUCAACGACGGUGCCCCUGAUGCUGUGCUGUCGAGCAGGCCCAUGGGUGGCGCCCUGCGCUUUGGUAUUAUCGGCUUGUACAGUACGCCAUCUCGAUUCACUGUGCCAGUAAAGAACUGCUCAUGUUGGUCGACAGCUUCUGGUGUAUGCGGGCUUGGCGCCUACGCUCGCGGUUCCGUAAUUUGUUGCGCAAUGGUCGAAACACAAAAGGCUUGGCUAGACAAUGAAAAUGCUUCGGUCACGCCUUGCGCAAAAAGAGGAGCCCAAGGACGAACCCUCAACGGUACGGGAACGCCCAAGCUUGAGACCAAAAAGCUCGGCAGUCCGGCCGCCUGA